AUGUCGGGAGCUGCCGAUUCCAGCUCGUUGCCCCCGAUUGCAGCUCCUCCUCCGCGUCAGCCGUCAGCCAAGACCCGUCGACCUUCUAGCAAACAGUUCUCGCGCAACAUUCCAGGUAGUCCACAUGCUUCUACUACAAGUUCCGAUGGAGAAACUUUGCCUGAAAAUGCAGUGCAAAGUGACGCAUUGACAAACACUGGAGAGACUCUAUCGGCCCAGCAACAGGAGAAAGUGCAGAUUUGUACAACGUCGCCCGACCUCGAAUUGUUAUGUAGGGAAAAUGGACUCUCAGCUCCGCAAUUUGCACGAAAUUGCGAAAUGGUGACCUCAUUGGACAUGUUUCUGGGUUUCUGGACGUCUAUGAAGAGCGUCAUGUACUUUCCAGCGUUGAAAGAGCUCUCGAUCAUCAACCAGCCCACAAUCUGCGAACUUGAAGGAGUCGAACACUGCAGAAAUUUGGAAAAGUUGUGUGUUACAGAAUGUGGGUUGACAAAAAUUGCAAAUCUGACAAAUUGUACGAAAUUGAAGCAACUGAAUUUGAGUGCCAACAAAAUUCGACGGCUGGAAAAUCUGGACUUGCUUGUGAACUUGGAGACGCUAUGGGUGAAUCAGAACCAGUUAGAGAGGCUCGAUGGUCUGUGGAGACUGACAAAAUUGACUCAACUUUGGGCUUGUCGGAAUCGUAUUGAUCGUAUCGAUACAGCGCUAAAUUGCUGCGUGAAUCUCACAGAGCUGAACCUUUCAGACAACAAGUUAUCGAGUUUCAAAGGGUUACUAUCGCUCAUGAAUCUGGACCAACUUACUGUUCUUAUACUUAGUGAUCCUCACUUUGGCGACAAUCCAGUGUGUCGAUUGUGCAAUUAUCAAACGUACUUGAUGUGUCAGCUUCCUCGCUUGAAUUUUCUCGAUACUGUCGAGCUAUCUGCGCGCAACAAACAGAUCGCUGAAGCAACUAUGAUCAAGAAAAAAAUGUACUACAACAUGCGGAUCAAGACUAUAAAACGCGACGUACAUAGUCGAGUCCGACAUGCCGAGAAUAUCCGGAACCAGGCUGAACAUCACAUGGAAACGAGUGUGGCAGCUUUGGUGCGGCAGAAGAAAGAGAUCGAGCGUUUCUUGAUCGAGAAGAAUGAAACAGUAUCGCAAGAUAUGAUAGACAAAUUGGAGAAGAAGCUGGAAUGUAUAAACUCUUGUCUCCGAGAUCGGUACACUGCGGUGUAUCGCAUGGAUCAAGAUUUUGACCGUCUGAGAAUUAGUCUAAGAUGCACAUCUGAGAUGAAUAUUGCGCGUUUGAUGCUGGAGUUGGAGACUGGAGGCAAUAUUCGACUUGAGGAUGGGAAACCUACUGACGCUUGGUUUGGAUCUUGCGUAGAGCUCGUUCGUUCUCGAUUAUAUCUACCAGACUUGCAAAAAUUCGGUAUCAAUGAUAUUCGAAUUAAUCGAGUUACAAGAAUCAAUAACCGAUUUUUACGAAAUCGCUUUCAAGCUCGAAUGGAAGAAGUGCUCGUAGCUCCAGAUAAGAAAGUAAAGGAUAAUGUAUCGAAGAAGGGAGUGACAGUGCCCAAUAAUGACGUGGAAGGGGAACGAGAUAGUGAAAAUACAAGUGAGCGAAAUGUUCAGCAAGAACAAGGUCAGUCUCCCAGUUCAACACUAGAAACUUCAAUGGAAUAUUUAUUCUACGCUCAGUCAAUGUCGCUUGAUGACCAAUUAAUGCGCAGUCCUGUAGAUUCCGAGCAAUUGUUCAUCGCAGAGAAUGGAUUUUGUGGGUUUUCGGGAGUUAGUCCAACCGAUUUUGGCGCUGCAAUCAAGCUUUCCAACUCAGUUGCACUACUGGAUACAUCACGAAUCACUGCUACUCUUAUUUCUAAGGGCCAACAAGUACAAGGCAACGGCGAUACUCAAGCAAGUCAGUUAAAUUUGACCCAAGACAUGAAGAGAGCAAUGCAGCUUGUUGCAUCUGGUGAAUGGGAUCUACCCAGUGGAGUUCUACUCGUUGCAAAAGUAUUCCCGGGAUACACGAAAUGUAUCAGCAAUGUGGAUGUCACGCUCGCAAAAGCCUCUGGGUCCGGUAAGGAAAAAGAUGUUACUGGAAUUCAAAGCCUACAAGUAAUACAUGGAGGUACUGCGACAACAACUGAUGGGGCAGUAAACAAGCAGAAGGUGUACUACGUGUUUGAUGGUGCGUUGGUUCUUCCCGAGUACUUUGUGGAGUAUCAGUAUGUUUUCAAUAAUGAUGUCCCUGGAUCAUCGGUAAGUAAUGUUUCGCCAGAGCUUCGACCAACUAAAUCGCCAAGAAUUAUCCACGACAAUGACGAAGAUAUUGUUAAUCUUGGUGUGGUUUCCAAUCAAGUUGACACUUUUGAGCGGAAAUACCGUAUCCGCCGCUCCCCAAGUCCACAAUCGUCUGAGAACAGCGUAUAUUCCAGUACAGAUGAAAGUAUCGUGCGCUUGCUUCAAAUGGAACCCCUGUUAUCUGGAAUUGAAGCGACAUCUUCUGUAUCAGUUCGGUCUUCUACUAAUCGCAUUAAAUAUCUAAGCUUGCUUGGAUGUGAACUAGAAGCGGUUCCAGAUUUGUCGUAUUUGAACGAUCAUCUCGAAGUUCUGGUGCUAAGUUACAACAAGAUCCAAGGAACGGGUAACCUUGAAAGUCUCUCAAAAUUGAUCACAUUGGACUUGUCUUACAACCAAAUUACACAUUUGGAACAUCUGCAGAAUCUGCGCGAUCUAGAAAAUCUAGAAGUAACACACAACUUGAUCCGGUCUUUUGACGAUGUGAAGCUCAUUGGACAAGCACUAGGAAAACUUUCCCUCAAGCAGUUAGACCUUCGAAAGAACGGGAUUUGCGAGUCCAAGCGCUACAGAUUUCACGUGCUUCAAUAUUUACCGCAACUCGCUCAACUUGAUCAACAAUCGGUAUCUCAAGAAGAAAUACUCACUGCUCAACGAUUGAUAACCAAGCUUUCCGCGUCAAAAGUUUGGGUGCUUCACUGCCAAAAAACGCGUUGUAAUGCUCCGUUAUCUUCCAUCGAAGCACCUAAUUCGCAGUCAAUAGACCAUCCGGAAUCCAACAAUGACGGGGAUAUAAUAGCGGAAUGGAGUUCAGUGGAAGAACUUGUUCUAAAUCAUGAAUUACUGGGGUCAAUUGAGGGUCUGUCAAAGGCUGUAAAUCUACGCGUAGCGUCUUUUUCGGACAACGCUAUUAAACGUAUUGACGGUUUACAGGCGUGUACGAGACUUGAAGAGCUCUAUUUGGACGACAAUGAGAUCAAGCAGAUCGAGAACCUGGGCCAGCUUUCAUUUUUAAAAAAACUACAUCUUGGUCGCAAUAAGUUGUCCGUCAUUCAGCACCUGGACUCACUGGAGAACCUUAUCCAGCUGUCAUUAGAAGAGAACCAGAUCUCCAGUUUAAGAGGUCUGGGGUCGGCGUUAAAGCUGAUGGAACUUUACUUAGCCAACAACCAAAUCGAGAAUUUAAAGGAGAUCCAACACCUGAAAUCUCUACCCAAACUAACGAUUCUCGACUUGUCCGGCAACGAAAUAACGCGUCUAUCGGAUUAUCGUCUUUAUACUGUUUUCUACCUCAGACGUGUUAAGGUGUUAGACGGUGUAAGUGUUUCGACGCAAGAUCAAAGCAACGCGAAGCAAAAAUACAGCGGAAAGUUAACGUUUGAGCUCAUUCUGGAGAAAUGUGGAGGCGGUGGCUGUGUGACGCCCACUGGAUCAGCAGAAAGUCAGUUUGGUCGAAUUUUUGACAUGGACGUCUCAUCGUGUCGACUACGAGAGAUCGGGCGGAUUUCGGGAGAUAUUUUCUCUAAUUUGCGCGAGAUUAACCUCGAAAACAACCAGAUCAGUGAUAUUUCGGGUCUUGAGGUGCUACCCAGACUGCGAAUUCUCAAUCUUAAUCGUAACAAGAUCGAGAGACUCGUGUCGUCCAGCUCGUCAUCGGAUUAUACAAUGCCAGAUUCGUGCGAUGGUGGGGGGAAAGGAAUCUUAGCUUGUCUCCAUCUCGAACAAUUGCAUCUUGCUUACAAUUUGAUCACGGAUAUGACGACACUGGGGCUGCAGUUUUUAGACUCUUUAAAGGUACUUCACCUGCAAGGUAACGCAAUCCUAUACUUUGCAGGGUUAGACUGCAACACGGAGCUAGUGGAUAUCCGUCUGGAUAAGAAUCGCAUACGACAACUAGAUCCACAUUCGACUCUCGCAUUACGGCACGUUAAGUCCCUGAACCUAGAAGACAAUGGUCUUAAGUCACUGUCGAAUUUCAACAACAUGAUUAGCUUAGAGACUCUGGAGUUAUCCAACAAUCGACUCAUCGAUUUAGAGGAAGUGGAGAAGCUUGCCUCGCUGCCUUCGAUGGUGAACCUGAGGAUGGUCAACAACCCUUUGACCAAGAAGCACCUGUAUCGACAGCAUGUGUUGUAUAAACUCAACUCGCUCAAGACAUUAGACGGUAAAGACGUUUACAGCGACGAGAAAGAACGGAUCGAGAUGCUUUUUGCAGCUGCUGCAGCUUCAGCGACUGCAUCUGAGAGGGGGAUGGAGAACCGUCCAGUAUAUCCGACUCAACUUGUGUUGACUCCAUCGAGUAUUCCGACUAAAGGCUCAUCUUCUGUUGGUAUUCCUCAACCUAUCGAAGUGUUAACCGGUUCACACCUUCGAAAGACAAAUAGUCCGCUAUUUUCACAUGGACAAAUGCCGGUCUUGGCGCCGACAUUCCCACUACCAGAACAUGAAGUAGAUCUCUCGAUCACGGUUGGGUCAUCCAAUACGACUACCCGUUCACUGUCACUCAAUUCCUAUCGACACAAUUCGUUAGGAAGUCAAUCCAGUUGGCAAGUUGGUGCCAUCAAUCCAGCAUCGAGCUUACCGUCUGCAUCCACAGCCACAGUGGCGUCAGUAUUCGGUGCGAAUCUAUCCAAAAGCGUCGGUGGAUCAGGGAAUGAUCAAUUGUACGCUGGCGGCGGCAUACGAAGACGGAUAACAAGCGUACAUUAUGAUCAGCAAAGUGUUUCUCCUUCUCUUCAGGUGAGUGGCAAAUUUGGCGAAACGAAGCUCCCUGUUGGCAUUGUGUCGUCCCAAGCUGUCGGUCGGAGUCCUGCAGCGACGAUGAGAAGAGCAGGUUUCAACAUGCAGCCUUCGUCUGCAGAUUCGCUAGAAAACGUGCUGCCAGCUAGUUCUAUCCCUUCCAGCAGCAACGACGCUAGCAACAAUGCUGGCAGGAGCUUUUCCGGAUAUGUGGUGACAUUCGGCAACCAGAAACGCUAUCCCAGCUACCCGGAAACUACGAUUCCUUACCUCUCCACUAAACUACAACAGCAAGGUAGACGCAGCAGCGAGAGACGAUAACCAGAACGCAAUGUAAAGUAGACCAACAUAUUCAAAGGAUAAUGUAUUGAUUCGAC